AUGUUUUUUCAAUCCGAGGCGUUUCGUUCCGACCGUGGAUUGGGUAAAGUAGCACUAGCAGCUUUCGGAUUGGGCGUGUUCAUGACACUUCAUGUCUCUUUGUUACUUUACAUAAAGUUCGUAGCUCUCACAGAUUCAUCUCUCACUGCAUUAGCUCAUUCACGUUGGCAAUGCCUUGUGCAAUGGAGUUGGUAUGCGUUAGCAUUAGGGUUUUUUCAUUUGAUGGAAUUUAUGCUCACAGCAGCCUAUCGUCCUAUCAAUGUCAGCUAUGAGUCUUUUUUACUAAAUCAUAGUCGAGAGUAUCAUUUAGCUGUUUUUUUGAGCUCAAUUGAAUUUUGGCUCGAACUUUAUUUCGUACCAGACUGGAAAUUACAUUCAUUGGUUCGACCUGUGGGAAUGGGCUUUGUCAUUACUGGACAAUUCUUUCGAGUAGCAGCAAUGAGCACAGCUGCAACGAAUUUCUCCCAUCGUAUUGAGUAUUUGAAAAGAAAAGACCAUCAAUUGGUUACACACGGAGUUUAUCGCUUUAUUCGUCAUCCAAGCUACCUCGGUUGGUUUGGAUGGAUUGUGGGGAGUCAAAUCUUGUUAGCUAACCCGAUCUGUGCUGUUGGUUAUUCCAUUGUCGCCUGGAGUUUUUUCCACGACCGGAUUCCGUAUGAAGAACAUUUACUACUUAGUUUUUUUCCAGACGAGUAUCCUGCGUACAAGGCUCGUACUUUUAGCGGCAUUCCAUUUGUGUGA